AUGUUCUGCUGUUUCCAGACUUCUGAUGAUGGCUUAGGCUACCAACGAAAUAAAAGGAAGUGGCAUAAGUCCCCCAGGUUCAAUCCUACCACCCCAGACUACCUGGAAAAAUUCAUAUCUUAUAUUCCAACUGCAAUUAAGAAUGAGGACAUCAUUGAGAUAUACAUAUUUUUGGCUGACUACCAAAAGUUUGCCAUCACCUGGAAGGUGCUGGACCUGAUAAUGGAAAUAGGCCAGCAGCAUCCUCAGCAGCCUCAACUGACUCAACUGAUUCAACUGACUCACCUGGAAAAAAGUGUUCUAUACUUCUCUGGCUCAGGCCACAGAAACACCAGGAGACAUUGGGGGCACCCUCUGGCCGUUAUUCCAAAGGAAAAUCAAGAUUGUGGCCUCAUCAGGUCAACAACUCCAGAAGCCCCAAUGCUGGAUGCCUCAGGGAUGCAAAAGACAGUGCAUCUGAGAACAGUUACUGUGGCAGGGCCACAGGGAGAUCUGGGACCAGCGUCUGUGGCAGGGCCACAGGGAGAUCUGAAACCCCAAGAGAACACUGAACUCAUGGACCCAGCAGCUAGGGAACCAACUGUGCCAGAAGCUGGACCUGUGCAGCUCCUGCCUUUAGACCAGCCUCUGCCCACAUCAGCUGAUACACAAAAACCUCCGGGUGUGGCUGCAGAUGUUCCAGCUGCCAGGCAGGUAUUUCUACCUGCUGUUGUGCAGUUAGGUGCACCAGAGCCUAUCUCCCCUCUGCCUGAUGUUGACAUAUAGUCAGAUAGUAGAAUUACCUGCUGAGUUCCAUCCAGAACCAGCUCUAUGUAUAAGCUGUUCUUCCUCUCUUAAAUAUCCCCUUCAAUUCCUUUUAAUUCUGUUUUAUUGAUGUUUUCAAUGUUGAGUUGUUAUUUAGGUUUUAAUAUUAAUAAAAAGGUGUUUAUUCAUUUUGAA